UUGGUGGCUGCCGAAAAAAAGGAAAAGAUUGCAAUGAUUGUUUUAAAACCAAUUCGCAUUUUAAGACCCCAACUCUACCUCAAAAACUACCUAAUUCAAUUAGAAUCAAGAAAUUUACAGACAAAUUCCCUUCGAAUCUUCAACAGCUCUCUUUCUAGAUUCAGCACAUCUCUGAAAAUGGCGCAUUCGGCUCUGGAUGAGAUGUCAGCAACUGGUGCUUUCGUUCGUACUCCUUCAACUUUUCGUAGCUUCAUUUCAAGGGACCCCUACUCCCAGUUCCCCACUGAAGCCGGGAGGUAUCAUUUGUAUGUGUCUUACGCUUGUCCCUGGGCUUCGAGGUGCAUCACGUACCUCAAGAUCAAAGGGCUCGACAAAGCAAUAAGUUUUAGCUCAUGCAAGCCAAUAUGGGGGAGAACGAAGGACACCGAUGAGCACAUGGGAUGGAUCUUUCCCAUCUCCAACGAUGAGGAGCCGGGUGCAGAGCCGGACACUCUAAAUGGAGCGAAGAGCAUAAGAGAAUUGUACGAGUUUGCAAGUUCAACUUACUCGGGCAAGUUUACAGUUCCGGUUCUUUGGGAUAAGAAGUUCAAAACAAUUGUGAACAACGAAAGCGCUGAUAUCAUCCGCAUGUUCAACACAGAAUUCAACGACAUUGCUGAGAAUGCAGCCGUGGACCUCUACCCUCCUCACUUGCAAAACAAGAUCAACGAAGUAAACGAUUGGGUGUAUGAUGGGAUCAACAACGGCGUCUAUAGAUGUGGAUUUGCAAAGAAACAAGAACCCUACGACGAGGCUGUAACGAAAUUAUACGAAGCUCUAGACAAAUGUGAAGAGUCUCUCAGCCAGCAACGGUACAUGUGUGGCGAUGCACUGACUGAAGCAGAUGUACGCUUGUUCGUCACCCUCAUAAGAUUUGACGAGGUUUACGCGGUUCACUUCAAAUGUAACAAGAAAUUACUACGCGAGUAUCCAAACAUCUUCAACUACACAAAGGACAUUUUCCAGAUCCCGGGAGUUAGCAGCACGGUGAACAUGGAGCACAUCAAGAGGCAUUACUACGGAAGCCACCUGGGCAUCAAUCCGUUUGGGAUCAUUCCACAAGGUCCAAACAUCGAUUACUCGGCUCCACACGACAGAGACAGGUUCUCUAAGUAGGGUUGUUUCUGUGAGGCGUUUUAUCAGCUUGUAAUUUAUCAGUGCAAGUUUGUUUUGUUUGAGUUCAUGUGUAAUGAAUGUUAUUUCCUUGUUCAUUUCUGGUGAAAUUAGUUGAAAAGGUUUGAUUUUUUUUUUAUUGUUGCUAAACUUAUUGUAAUAAAAGCAUUGAUUUUUCAGUUA